CAUUUAGAUAUGGCUUUUUCAGUGGUUACAUAAUUGUAACAAAAGUGUCUGCAUCUGGUUUAUCAGUACCUCGUACAUUGCCUUUUCAGAGGUAGAGGUCACAGGUCACAUUAUCAUUUAGAUGCUGAUGAUAUUUGACUUGAUAUGGGAGAGGUCACUCACUGGACAGGGUUGACGUCACUGUCUGAGACUGCAUGUGUGUGUCAAACAGCAUCUGUACACACGGUAUUGUCUGCAUGCACACAGAUAACAUGCUGUUGUGUGUUCCAUACACAUGCACACACAUGCAAACAUGCCUGCAGUGUAUUUGACGUCAUUGAUCGCUCUUGCAACCUCUGUGUCUGACUCAAUGUAUUUCUUUGCCAUUCAUUGGUGUAUAUGAAAAUCUGUUAUAUUCUUUGGAUGUUUACUGAUAUAUAUGGCAGUGAGAUGAGGAUGAACUUAUUAGUUCAGGGGCUUCAGAUAACCCGAGUGUAAAGAGAUGUUUAGGAAGACAAGAUUGUGUGUAUUCAAUUGUUUUUUAUUGUCUGUCUUGUCUCAAUCUUUACAGCGCUGCUAAUGCAAGCACGCCUGCUUCACAGUAUAUUGUUGUUCACACACAUUCAUACUAACCUUUCUUUCUACAAACUCUUUAUGCUAAUUAGAAGCAUAACAUAUAACAGUUUUAGAAAAGUGUGGAACUUUUGUAACCUUUAAUAAAGUACACUACCAUUCAAAAGCAUUAGCUCAGUAAAAUAUCUAACAUUUUUGAAAGUCUCUUAGACACAAAAAGGCUGCAUUUAUUUGAUAAAAGUAAUACAGUAUUUUUGUUUAUUCCAAACUUUAGAAUGCUGUACAAAAUAUUAAUCCUUUCACAUCAAACUACACGACAAAUUAUUUAAAAAAUCUGUUCAGAAUUUUCGAUUGCGUUCUGUUUUACUCAAUGCAAGUCUCGUGUAGAUUUGAAAACCACAUUGUUUUAAGAAGUCAAUCCUGUUCUGCUUGGUCUUAUAUCUCCUGUUCCCUUUUUCCUCCAUAAAGAGUUUCAAGUUUGGUUUGUAAACCUCGACAGCUGGCAGCAAUGAUGUCGGAAGAAAAUCAAAGCGAAUGCAGUAAAGUGAGAAUGGGACAUUCACUGAACGAGGCUGAGAAGCACCAUGUGACCAGCAGGAGAGAAUCAGCUCUGGAGUGUCUUAAAAGACAUGAGAUCCACUGUAGCCUGGAAAAGAUGCCCAACAUCGCGCUGGUGGCUUCAGGAGGAAGUGAAAGAGCGAUGGUGGGUUUGCUGGGAUCACUGCUUGCACUGUUUCAAGAUGAUCUGUUGGACUGCGUGCUGUAUCUUGCUGGACUCUCUGGAUCGACCUGGUGCAUGGUGUCUUUAUACAAAGAGCCUGAUUGGUCCAGCAAGCUGGAAAAAGUGAAAGAAGACAUUAAAAAUAAACUUGGUGGAAGAAUCCGUUUGAAGGAAAAAUUGAAAAAACUCGAAAAAUACUACAGAGAAAAAGACAACUUCAGUCUGACAGACUUCUGGGCAGCGCUAGUUAUAACCAUGAUUGUGAAAGAGAUAGAUGAGCAAACUUUCUCUGACCUGAGAAGAAAACAGAGCACAAAAGAUCCUUAUCCCAUCUUCACUGUGAUUGAUAAGCAGAGCCAUAAGGAUAAACUAGAUGCAGAUACGUUUGUUGAGAUCACGCCACAUGAGACUGGCUACUCCAUCACCGGGGCCUUUGUAGAUACGUCCAGUUUCGGAAGUCAGUUUGACAAAGGGGUUCAAAUAAAAGACCAGCCCGAGAUGGACAUGAUGUUCCUACAAGGUCUCUGUGGUAGUGGUCUUGCUAGCAUUGAGAAAAUACUAGAGGAACUGAUCAAUUUAAUCAAAGACUUAAUUUUAGGUGAGUUAGACACGAUGGGUGACUAUGCAUCUUCAGGCGUAACACAAACAGACAUUGGUUCCCUCAGCGCUCCACAUGGGGACGAGGCUGGCCAACUGCUUUUGAAUCUUGUGGAAGUGAAUCGUCUGGUUUUAAGAGAGGAGGAUCCUUCAACCAAUAUUACAAUCUUGAACGACUUACUGAGAGUAAAUCUGCCGCAAGAUGAACUUGAGAACUUGUUCACCAUCUCAAAAGAAAUCAACAAGGAGAACGUUAAGGAAUACACACUAUAUAUAUGUGACCUGCAGACAUCCUGGAAUCUGACAUGCAGUAGGAUAUGGGAAAUCAUUGCUAAAUGCAUUGAGUUAGUAGUUUGCUGGAUCUGGGGCACAACAUAUAAUUUUCUGCACAACAUGACAGCGGCAGAGGUUUCUCCUUCUGUCUGUCGAGAUACAACAAGGAAAUAUGUUGAUGCUGGGAUUGCCAUCAACUCACCUUUUUUACCAUUGCUGAGGAGAGAGAGACACAUUGACCUCAUCGUUUCACUUGAUUUCAGUGAAAAUGACCCAUUUGAGUCACUAACAGAAACUGCUCAAGCGUGCAAAAGACUACACAUUGACUUCCCUGAAGUUCCUCCAAUGUCAAAAGAAGAGAAAUCUGCUCCAAAGGACUUUUAUGUGUUUGAAGGCCACAAUGCACCAGCUGUGAUUCAUAUUCCUCUUUUCAAUAUUGUGAAUUGUGAUGAUAAAGCUGGAAUUAAACGUAUGAAGCAUAAAUAUUCGACCUUUCAAGGUCCGUACUCCGGUGAGCUGAUCGAGGAACUGCUGGAGAAAGCUGGAUUGAACAUCAGAAACAACAAAAGGAACCUUCUGACAGAGAUUAAGAAAAUCAUCCAAAGGAAGCAAUCACAUAUUCGCUCCGUUUGUUGAUUCUCAGGUGUGGUUUGUCACAUCACGAUGAAAACGCACUGGCUUUUCUCGUUCUUGUACAUUAGAUGGCAGCAAAUAAUAGGUGGUUAGAAUGAGAGGUAGAGAUGCAAACAUCAGCAUAUAAAACAUUUUAAAAUAUGUAACAAUUUAUAUUUACUUUGGUAGUUGGAAUGAAUAUAGGCCUAUUAAGUUAAUUUAAGCAAGUUAUUAGCCUCUAAUAUCUCUGAAACCAGUCAGUGGCGGACUUCUUUUAUUCAAGUGAUGUAAAAGAAAAGAGUCUCUCGAACACCCUUUGGCAUGAAACAUGAUGUUGCAAUUUGGCCUCACCCAAAGCACACACACACCGAAAAUAUUAUGUUACCAAGCUGUUACUAUUAAUUACAGCUUCUCCAUGUGUCUCUCAGUUCAUCGGCUGCACUUGUGUGAAGCUAUCCUAGAUUACUGCAUCAGAAUCAAACUAAAAUGAAUAUUUGCAAUAUUUUUUUAUAUUAUUUUGGUUCAUUUUCCAUUAUAAAUUUGUAAUGUCAUUUGUAAUGUUAUACUUUACACAGACAGGGAAAAGGGUUUUGGUUUAGGGAAUAAGUAAU